GACUCACGUAAUCACUCUUGAGAACAAUGCGCAAGCAUAAACCUCCUCAGCCAAGCCAUCCUGUUCAUGCCCUUAACUGCUCAGAGGAUCCAAGAAGCUACAGAGAUGUCUACUGAGCUUCCUGCAACAACAGAGAUGGUAGAAAUGGACCCUUUCACAGCCUCUGAGACCAACAUUUCCACCUGUGACUUAUACGAGCACAAAGACACAGCACGGAUAUUAUUGUCUGUCUUCUAUGGCUCCAUCUUGAUUCUUGGGGUGCUUGGAAACACCAUUGCCCUCACCGUCAUUUUUAAAAACAGAAAGAAGAUCAACUCCACCACCCUCUAUUCAACAAACCUCGUCUUCUCCGACCUGCUGUUCUGCAUUGCCUUGCCAACCAGGAUUGCCUACUAUGCCCUGGGAUUCCACUGGCCUUUUGGAGAAGCGCUGUGUCGAAUCACCGCGCUCUUGUUCUACAUCAACACCUACGCAGGCGUAAACUUCAUGACGUGCCUCAGCAUCGACAGGUUCUUCGCUGUCGUCCACCCCUUCCGAUACAAGAUCAGAAGGAUUAAAUAUGCCAAGGGCAUUUGUGUCUUUGUCUGGUUUCUUGUAUUCAGCCAAACUUUCCCAUUACUUAUACAAUCCAUGUCGCAUGAAGAAAAUGAAAGGACUACAUGUAUGGAAUAUCCAAACUUUGAGAAAAUAGAACAUCUACCAUUAAUACUUCUUGCUGCCUGCUUAAUAGGGUACCUUAUUCCUCUGGGGAUUAUUCUAUUUUGCUACUCUCAAAUCAGCUGCAAACUUUUUCAAACAGCCAAGGAAAAUCCAUUGACCGAAAAAUCAGGGAUAAACAAAAAAGCCAUCAAUACAAUCAUAUUUGUAAUUAUAGUGUUUAUCAUCUGCUUUACUCCUUACCAUGUUGCAAUCAUACAACACAUGAUUAAGAAACUUCAGAAAGAACCCUUGUGCACUGAAACAAAAAUUUUCCAGAAGUCACUCCACUAUACUGUAUUUCUGAUGAAUUUUAACUGCUGCCUAGAUCCUUUCAUCUAUUUCUUUGCAUGCAAAGGAUACAAGAGAACUGUACUGAAAAUACUGAGACGACAAGUGAGCGUAUCAAUUUCAAGUGCUGCCAGGUCACAUCACGAAGAAAGCUCCCGUGACGCAGGGGAAACACAAAUGACGGUACUUGCUAAAUCUUCCAAUGGAAAGCUACCUGAAAAAUAGUCUGUAGUACCCCACAGUGAACCAAGACUAAAAAUCCAGGGUCCACAGCAAAAACUCUUAGCGCUCCCCUACAGCAGCUUAAGUAAAAUUCUGUUUCGCAGGAUGUCAGAGAAUCAAGGAGUGAUAGACUGAAAAAGAUUUGUCACAGGACAGCAGGAAAACUCAGCAUUAUAAUCUUGCUGUAUCCUUUUGACUGAUCUCUUAUUUUUCCCAGGAAAUAUGCACCAUUGCAGAUGUUCAGAUUCCAUGCCACACAUACAUAUGCCUGGAUGUUACUAGCUCAAGCAGAGCCAAAUCACAGUUAGGAUUGAGCACAAAUACAGCUUACAGUUCAGACCAACUACAACCAGAACAUCUGAAAAUUUCAAGACCUCUAGCUGAGCUUCAAUUACAGCGAUGGUUUUGUUGGCCCAGUCACACAAACAGAGGAAAUAAAAUUUUGAGAUAAAAUAGA